CGCGGCCAGCGCCCAGCCCGGGCGGCCGCUCCCCGCCCAGGUGCGGCGGGAGGGGUAGCGCGUGCGCAGACGCGCGGGGGUCCCCGCCGGGCGCGGGGGGCGGGGCCGGGCCGGGAAGGUGAAUGGAGGGCGGGGUCGCGCCGGGGUCGGGGGGCGGGGCCUCUGCGCCCGCGGGGCGGGGGCGGGGCCGGAGCGCGGGGCCCGGGGCGGCAGCCGGGAGGGGUUUCCCUCCUGCCCCAGGGUGGCGCUCCCCGGGAGGGCCGGGGCUACGGGGAUUCCCUGGGCCCGCGGGCCUGGCGCGGCUCCCGCCGCGGGCGCCCGAGCCCCGCAGGCCUGCAGGAGGUGAGGGAGGUGGGGUGAGGAGGUGCCCGCCCCCCCGGCUCCUCCUUCCCCCGUUCCUCCCCUCCCACCACCCUCCCCCGGAGCCGGUUUGUCCCUCCCCUCCCCUCCCCUCCUUCCCCCCGCCGCCUCCUCCCGCCGCUGCUGCUGCUUUGGCUGCUGCGUCAUACGCCCCAGAGCCGCCGGGACGGAGGGGCUGGGCCUGGGGACCCCCCGGCCUCUGCCCGCACACCCCCCCGGACGCCCAGACGUGCCUUCCCUGCGCGCGGGGGGCUCGCCUCGGCCUCGCACGUCUGCCCGCGCCCAGCUCCGGGCGGCCCCAGCUGUCACUGGCCCCCCCAGGAUGCAAUGGCACAGCCCCCCCGGCUGAGCCGCUCCGGUGCCCCCUCACUUUGGGAUCCAGCUUCCCCCGCGCCCACGCCAGGCGCCAGACCUCGCCUUUGGGAGGGUCAGGAUGUGCUGGCUCGAUGGACAGAUGGGCUGCUGUAUCUGGGCACCAUCAAGAAGGUGGACAGUGCCCGGGAGGUGUGUCUGGUCCAGUUUGAGGAUGACUCCCAGUUUCUGGUUCUCUGGAAAGACAUUAGCCCCGCUGCCCUACCCGGGGAGGAGCUCCUCUGUUGUGUCUGCCGCUCCGAGACCGUGGGCCCUGGGAACCGGCUGGUCAGCUGUGACAAGUGUCGCCAUGCUUAUCACCAGGACUGCCAUGUGCCAAGGGCCCCGGGCCCUGGAGAGGGAGAAGGUGCGGCUUGGGUCUGCCGCCAGUGCGUCUUUGCCAUCGCCACCAAGAGGGGGGGUGCGCUGAAGAAGGGCCCCUAUGCCCGGGCCAUGCUGAGCAUGAAGCUAUCUCUGCCGUACGGACUGAAGGGGCUGGACUGGGACGCAGGACAUCUGAGCAACCGGCAGCAGAGCUACUGCUACUGCGGUGGACCCGGGGAGUGGAACUUGAAGAUGCUGCAGUGCCAGAGCUGCCUGCAGUGGUUCCAUGAGGCCUGCACCCAGUGUCUGAGCAAACCCCUGCUCUAUGGGGACAGGUUCUAUGAAUUUGAAUGCUGCGUGUGUCGGGGCGGCCCAGAGAAGGUCAGGAGGCUGCAGCUUCGCUGGGUGGACGUGGCCCAUCUCGUCCUCUAUCACCUCAGUGUUUGCUGUAAGAAGAAAUACUUUGAUUUUGACCGCGAGAUCCUCCCAUUCACCUCUGAGAAUUGGGACAGCCUGCUCCUUGGGGAGCUCUCAGACACCCCCAAGGGAGAACGUUCUUCUAAGCUCCUCACUGCGCUCAACAGCCACAAAGACCGUUUCAUUUCAGGGAGGGAGAUUAAGAAGAGGAAAUGCCUGUUUGGUCUCCAUGCGCGGACCCCGCCCCCCGUGGAGCCUCCUCCUGGAGAUGGAGCCCCCACCAGCUUCCCUUCAGGGCAGGGCCCUGGGGGAGGGGUCUCACGUCCCCUGGGGAAGCGUCGGAGGCCGGAGCCAGAGCCCCUGAGGAGGAAGCAGAAGGGGAAAAUGGAGGCGCAGGAGCCACCGUCAGCAGCGCGCCAUCGGCCCGAGCCCCAGGAGCAGCGGGAGCGGGCUCGUCUGCAGAGGGCACUGCAGGCCUCGGCGUCGCCGCCAUCCCCCAGCCCUAACCAGAGUUACCAGGGCAGCAGCGGCUACAACUUCCGGCCCACAGAUGCCCGCUGCCUGCCCAGCAGUCCCAUCCGGAUGUUCGCUUCCUUCCACCCCUCUGCCAGCACCGCAGGGACCUCUGGGGAUGGUGAACCCCCAGACAGGUCACCCCUGGAACUUCACAUUGGUUUCCCCACAGAUGUCCCCAAGAGUGCCCCCCCUCACUCGAUGACUGCCUCAUCUUCCUCAGCCCCGGCCCCCUCCCCAAGUCUUCCCCGACGCUCGGCACCUUCUUCUCCCCUGUGCCGUGGUCUGUCUGCUGGGGCUGCGGGAGGAGUCCGAGGUGGGGUUGGCUACCUGUCCCGCGGGGACCCCGUCCGCGUCCUGGCUCGGAGAGUGCGGCCCGAUGGCUCUGUGCAGUACCUGGUUGAGUGGGGAGGUGGGGGCAUCUUCUGAGCAGCCUGCCUCUGCCCACUUCCCCAUUCACACACUGGCACUUUCAAUUCCCUGACCUCUGACCUCACCUGCAGCUGGGAUGUACCUGGGGAGUAGUUCUCCCUACUGCCCAGGCUGGAAUCCAGGAGGGGGGCUGGGGAAGAGGCCUCUUCUCUGCUCCCCUCUUGAUUCCUGACCCCUCCCCACCCCCUUUCUCAUUUCCUUUGAUGUUAUUUUGUUACAACUUUUUAAAUAUUUUUUAAAAUUAUUUAACCCCUGAAUUCGAAAGACGGAGGAGGGAGGGAGGGGAGGAGCUGAUCAAAGAUCCCAGACUCUGUAUGAUUGAAAUAAAGAGAAAUCAA